GGCCGAGCAAGAAAGUGAAGCGGCCUUAGUCUGGGGCCAGGGGGGCCGAGACGAACAGGGUGAGCAGCGCGGGAUCCCCCGUGAGGACACGCCCCGCCCUUGAUCGCCAGCACUUGCCUGGCCCGCUGGUCUGUCCAUGGCGCACAUCACCAUCAACCAGUAUUUGCAGCAGGUUCUGGAAGCCAUUGAUUCCAGAGAUGGACUGUUUUGUGCAGAAUUGGUGUCAUUUAAGCAUCCUCAUGUUGCAAACCCCAGGCUUCAGCUUCCAUCUCCAGAAGACAAAUGUCAACAAGUUCUGGAGCCACCAUACGAUGAAAUGUUUGCUGCUCACUUAAGAUGUACUUACGCUGUUGGAAACCAUGACUUUAUUGAAGCUUACAAAUGCCAAACAGUGAUAGUACAAUCAUUCCUGCGAGCAUUUCAAGCACAUAAAGAAGAAAACUGGGCUUUGCCUAUUAUGUAUGCUGUAGCACUUGACCUUCGAAUUUUUGCUAAUAAUGCCGAUCAACAGCUGGUGAAGAAAGGGAAAAGCAAAGUUGGUGACAUGUUGGAAAAAGCAGCAGAAUUGCUGAUGAGCUGUUUUCGCGUCUGUGCCAGUGACACUCGAGCUGGCAUUGAUGACUCCAAAAAGUGGGGCAUGUUGUUUCUGGUGAAUCAGCUGUUUAAAAUCUAUUUUAAGAUUAACAAACUUCAUCUGUGUAAACCAUUAAUUAGAGCUAUUGACAGCUCAAAUCUGAAAGAUGAGUACAGCAUGGCACAGAGAGUUACAUUCAAAUACUACGUUGGACGCAAGGCGAUGUUUGACAGUGAUUUUAAGCAAGCUGAAGAGUAUCUGUCAUUCGCCUUUGAGCACUGUCACCGUUCAAGUCAGAAAAACAAAAGGAUGAUUUUGAUUUACCUUUUGCCAGUAAAAAUGUUAUUGGGCCAUAUGCCAACAAUUCAACUUUUGAAAAAGUAUGAGCUUAUGCAGUUUGCUGAAGUAACUAAGGCUGUGAGUGAAGGAAAUCUUCUGCUAUUGAAUGAUGCUCUGACAAAACACGAGACCUUCUUCAUUCGUUGUGGUAUCUUCCUGAUCCUUGAGAAGCUGAAAAUCAUCACCUACAGGAACCUGUUUAAGAAAGUAUAUUUGCUACUUAAAACCCAUCAGCUAUCUCUAGAUGCCUUUCUGGUUGCCCUGAAAUUCAUGCAGGUGGAAGAUGUUGAUAUUGAUGAAGUCCAGUGUAUUUUGGCUAAUCUUAUAUACAUGGGUCAUAUUAAAGGAUAUAUAUCUCAUCAACAUCAGAAGCUUGUGGUCAGUAAGCAGAACCCAUUCCCUCCACUUUCUACAGUGUGUUGAGUUUACUGCACCUUAGAUGGAGUAUUUAUAAGAGACUCUACUUGUCAAUGGAACUGUUUCUCAAAUCGCUCAGUGGAAACUGUUAAUGACCUGGUUAUGUUCAGUACUGGAAUACAAAAAAACUGUUCAUGACUCCUUUCCCAGUGGGACAGGGCCUGCCAUCUUGACCAAGCACAGAGAACAAAAUGCUUCCUUUUUAAAGUUAGUUUCUACAAACCCUGAAGUAUAGUGGCUGGAAAAGAAACAAGAACAUUUGCAAAAUUUCAGCUACAAUCUUUAAAAAGCCUGCCUCA